AUGUCCUUUAGGUACUUACUUUUGCUGUUAGUCUUAACAGCCCACGGAAUUGAAGAAGAAGUAUCAAAAGACCACGAGCUGACUACUCUCGAAGAAACAUCAGAAAAAUACGAAUUUCAAGCAGAAGUCGCAAGUCUCAUGGAUAUCAUCAUAAACUCUCUUUACAUCAAUAAAGAAGUCUUCUUAAGAGAACUCAUUUCUAAUGCAUCAGACGCUAUGGACAAAGUCAGAUUUCUUGCUCUAAUGAACCCAGAAAAAGACUACGGUGAUUUAGAAAUCCGCAUAUCUUAUGAUCCUGCAAAAAAAACAUUGACCAUUUCAGACAAAGGAAUUGGGAUGACCAAAACUGAUUUAGUCGAAAAACUAGGCACAGUCGCAAGGUCAGGAACUACACAAUUUUUAGAAGCCAUUGCAAAAGGUGGGAGUAUAAAUCUAAUUGGGCAGUUUGGUGUUGGUUUUUAUAGCAGUUUCUUAGCUGCAGAUAAGGUUACUGUUGUAAGUAAACAUGAUGACGAUGACCAAUACAUCUGGACUUCUUCUGCUGGACCUCAGUUUACUGUUAAGAAAGAUCCAAGAGGAAACACUUUGGGAAGAGGAACUGAAGUUAUUCUUAAGCUUAAACAAGAUGCUGAAGAAUUUUUAGAUAAAAAGACUAUUCAAGAUACAAUUAAAAGCUACUCAGAAUUUAUUGAUUAUCCUAUAUAUCUGUAUUUGGAAAAAGACAAGUAUAUUGAUGUACCGAUGACAGAAGAAGAAAUAAAGGAAGAAGAAGUCAAAGAAGCCAAAAAAUUGGAAGAAAAAAGAGCUGCUUUAUUAAAAGAAAGAGAAGAAAAAAUUGCUAAUGGAGAAGAAGUCCCUGAUGAAAUAGAAGAACCUACCCUUUCUGAUGAAGAAAAGAAAAGAACAAAAAGCGAAAAAACAACAGAGUGGCUCUGGGAACAAGUAAACACUAAAAAAGCAAUUUGGCUUAAUGAGCCUAAAGAGAACAAAAUCAAAGACUACGUCAAACUGUACCAAACCUUAAAAAAAGAUGGCUCAGAGCCUCUAUAUUUCACCCAUUUCCAUGGAGAAGGAGAAGUCGAUUUUAGAGCCAUUAUCUUCAUCCCUGACAAUCCACCUGUUGACAUGUAUGAAGAAGUCACCAAAUCUAAGUCAGGCUUAAGACUUUACGUCCGAAGAGUUCUUAUUACAGAAGGUCCAGAAGAUUUAAUUCCAAAAUAUUUAAAUUUCUUAAAAGGAGUCAUCCAUUCAGACGACAUGCCUUUAAAUGUCUCCAGAGAAACCUUACAGCAGCAAAGAAUCUUCAAAAUCAUGAACAACAAAAUAGUCAAAAAAGUCCUUGAUACUUUACUAGAUUUAGCUAAUGACAAAGAUGAGUGGAAAGCUGAAAGACCAAAUGAAGAUGAUUGGAAAUACACAGGAGAAGACGAAGAGGUCAAAAAAGAUAUGGACCAAGAGUACCAGAUCUUGCUUAGGUGGAGUCUUAAAAAAGGAAAAGAAAGAUAUGCAGAGUUCUGGAAAAACUUUUCUAAGGCGAUUAAAACUGGAGUUAUUGAGGAUGCUAGUAAUAGAAAUAAGCUGGUUAAACUAUUGAGAUUUCAAAGCACUGCCACAAGUGGGGAUGAAAAAGAUCUUACAUCGUUUGCAGAGUAUGUUGAGAGAAUGCCGUCUACUCAAGAAUUCAUUUAUUAUCUUGCUGGAGAAGAUUUAGAAGCUCUUAAAAAGGCUCCUCAUAUACAGAAAUUAGUAAAAAUGGGAUAUGAAGUCAUUUUGCUUGAUGAUCCUCUUGAUGAAUUCGCUUUUAGCUACAUCAAAGAUUUUGAUGAAAAAAAGGUUAAAAAUCUGGCAAAAGGAGAACUUGACCUUGGAGUCAUGACUGAGUAUGAAGAGAAAAAAGAACAAAAACUUAAGGAGUUGUUCAAACCAUUAACAGAUUGGUGGAAAUCACAAUUAGGAAGAGAAGUCGAUAAAGUCACACUUAGCAGAAGACUUACAACAGAUCCAGUCGUUAUUGUAAGCCAAGAGUCUGGGUAUACAGCCAAUAUGUAUAGAAUUGCUAAGUCUCAGGCUUACUCAAACCAGCAAAAAAUCCCAGAUCACUAUGUGCCAAGAAAAAUUCUUGAAAUAAAUCCUGCUCAUCCAGCGAUUAAAAAGAUGCUUGAAUUGGUAGAAGAUGAUCCAAGCACUCAACAAUUGAGAGAUUAUGGGUGGAUGUACUACUACACAGGGCUGCUUGCAUCUGGUUUUGCACUUAAUGAAGAUCCAGAUUUUUCUAGCAGAAUAUAUAGAAUGAUGAGCAAAAAGAUGCAAGUUUCGCCUACCGAGCCUUUAGCUGAGCCUGAUCUUCCAGAAGGAGAUGAUGAAGAUGAGGAAGGAACAAAUGAAGAAGGAGAUGUUGAAAUUUUAGAUGGUGAAAAUGAUGAAGAAACAGCUGAGAGCGCAGAUAAUGUAGAAGAGGGAGAAGCAAAAAAUUUAGAAGAGUUAAACAAUAAAGAAGAAGAAACUACACAAGAACCUCCAAAAGCUGAAAAGACUGAAGAAAAGAAAGAAACAAACUCAGAAGAAGGUAAAAAGGUUGAUCUUUAA